ACUAAACCCCCCACCCAAUCUGCUUCUUCAGGUCUGGUUUCUCACACACCAACACCCACUGUGUUUAAACAACUCAUGAUCUGAAAAUCUCCCAAAAUUGUUCUUCAAAAUAUUAAAUCACAAUUCAAAACCCCCCCAAAUGAAGAAAAAUCACACACAAUCUUUCCUAUUAUUAUUAACAUUAAUUCUCAUCAGAUCAGCAGCAGCAGCAGCUAUCUUUGUUCAUUCACAACAACAUCAUCAUCUUCUGGGUGUCUCUCCACAAGAUGAAGAAUACUAUAAGAAGUUAUCAGGAGGGAUGAUCAAAUGUAAAGAUGGAUCAAAAUCUUUUAAAAGCACUCAACUUAAUGAUGACUUUUGUGAUUGCCCUGAUGGCUCUGAUGAACCAGGAACAUCGGCAUGUCCUAGUGGGAAAUUCUAUUGCCGAAACGCAGGACAUAGUCCACUAUCUAUAUUUUCUUCUAGAGUUAAUGAUGGAAUAUGCGAUUGCUGUGAUGGAAGUGAUGAGUACGAUGGUACAACCAAGUGCAAAAAUACUUGCUGGGAAGCUGGAAAGGUAGCACGAGAUAGAUUAAGGAAAAAGAUUGCAACUUUCCAGGAGGGGGUUACGAUAAGAAAGCAUGAUGUUGAACAAGCGAAAAUUUCAGCUGUGAAAGACGAGGCAGAGUUAUCUAGGUUAAAGAAUGAGGAAAACAUUCUUAAGGGCCUUGUUCAACAGCUUAAGGACCGUAAGGAACAAAUAGAAAAGGCAGAGGAGAAAGAACGCGCUCAGAAAGAAAAAGAGGAGAAGCAGAGAAAGGAAGCCGAAGAAGCGAAGCUAAAAGAACAAAAAGGUGAAGAAAAAGUUAAUGCUGAGCAAGAAUCUGUACAAAAAGGUGAAGAAAAAGUUAAUGCUGAGCAAGAAUCUUUACAUAAAGGUGAGGAAAAGUUGAAUGCAGAACAAGAAUCUGUAGUAAGUAAUUUUGAAGAGGAAGCAGGAGUUCAUGAGCACUCUCCUUCAGAUCAGGAUCUAAACAAAGACCCUGCUGACUUUGGGGUUGAAGUGGCACACAAUGAUGACCAAGAUGAUAAGGAUGUAUAUAUCAACCAUCUAAACGAAGAGAACGCAGAACCGUCUAAAGAUGCACAAGGAGAUGAUCCUUCACAUGUUCUUGGAGCUAAGAAAGAAGAUGCAUCUGAAGAUACCGAGCCAUUAUCAAGGGAAGAGUUAGGUCGUGCCAUUGGUUCGCGUUGGACAGGAAAAAAGACUGAGCAGCAAGAUGAAGACUCAGGUUCUGCUAGGGAUCAUGAUGAUGAGUAUGAUGAGACAUCUGAUGAUGCACAUGAUGAGGAAUACAGUGGUUAUGAUACCGAGGAAGACCAUCCAAAGUAUGAGGAUGACGACACUGAGGACCACACACAUGCUGUUGAAGAUGGAGCUGAUGAUGAUUUCGGGGAUACACACAAAUACCAGUCAGAUGAUGAAAUUGACAUGUCAGACAUGGAAAGCACAAGCAGUCCAUCUUGGUUGGAGAAGAUUCAAGAAACAGUGCGGAAAUUUUUACAUGCUGUUAACCCGUUUCAGACUCCUGUGGAUACAUCUGAGUCUGAAAAUGUACGGAAGGAAUAUGAUGAUGCCAGCGCCAAAUUAUCUAAAAUACAAUCAAGGAUAUCGAGCUUAACAAAGAAACUAGCAUAUGACUUUGGACCAGAGAAGGAGUUCUAUUCGUUAUAUGGUCAAUGUUAUGAGAUAAAAGAGAACAAGUAUGUUUACAAGGUCUGUCCUUUUAAAGAAGCCACCCAAGAGGAGGGACACAGCACAACUAGACUGGGGCAAUGGGACAAAUUUGAUGAGUCAUACAGAAUCAUGCUCUUUACAAACGGAGAUAAAUGCUGGAAUGGGCCCAAUCGAAGCUUAACGGUCAGAUUAAGAUGCGGAUCAAAAGUUGAAGUUGCUGAUAUCGAUGAACCAAGCCGUUGCGAAUACUCAGCAUUGUUAACUACUCCGGCCCUUUGUCAAGAAGGACGACUAAAGGAACUAAAAGAUAAAUUAGAAACAGCAAACAAGGACCAACCUCAAGGUCAUGAUGAGCUUUGAAUCUUAUUAGCUAUUUAUCACACCUAGUACUUCAGACUUCAGAGUUUGCAAAGUAUGAAUCAAAGGCGUGUAUCCCUUUUCCAUUUUGUGGACUAUGUUGCUUAACUGGAUCAAUACUAAACUUCCAUGAAAUGUGGAGUGAGGCAUAUUAGGAGGCGAUUUGUUUUUCAAGAGGUAGAAGUGGUAAAUCUAGGGCACUGAUGUUAUAGUAACUUGUAUACUUCAUGCAUUAAUAGUUGAAGUUUCCCAUUUGUCGGAAUGGUCUAAAUUAUCGGAAAAUGUGAGGUACAAGCAGAUUUUUUGUGGGGGACUUCGAAUCUAUUCUUUUGCUACCGAAAUUGGCAAAAUGCUCCUAAAGUUUUCA